AUGUUCCAUUCCUUUGUUUAUCAGAGGAGCUCAUCCAAGGGUCCACAGAUACCUGGGGCUGCACCUUCAGAUCCAGUGUGAGUACAAUGUAACUACCUCGCCAAAUUUUGUUGAGAUUGUUACUGAAACUUGUGAUUUUACAAAAGGUGCUUUUGAUAUCAUUUUUGGCCCAGUUCAUAUAUAAUUCCAUGGUUUCACAUCCAAUUUUGUUCUCAAGAUGGUCUGUAGGUCUGUAUUUCUGAGCAGUGAUGUCAAAAUUUUUAUUAGAAAAAAAUAUCAUUAAUGAACAUGCGAUUGGAACUAAUUUAUCUAGAAUUUCUUUUUGUCUCCCUUGUCACUUUUUUCCCCAAAAAUAAUUGAAUCCACAAAAAUUACUUAUUACUGUAUAUUCUCAUUGACUCCUGUGCCACCCGUAAUCAGCUGUGACAAGCCUUGGCCUCUGUUCCACCUCUGACGUCAUCACCUUUGACCAAAUUGGCAUCAACUAUACUCAUCCGUCUUCUGUAGAAGAAAACGAUCUUCCCAACAAUACCAAGAUUAGAGUGAUUGGCUUAAUGGAGCAUUAAAUAAUAUUAUGCACAAAAUGUUUAGAAUUUUGAGUGAAAAACUUAGAGCAAAAUUCCCUGUGACUACAUGUGGCCACUCCAUGGUAAAAAUUGCCUGACUGUCUCCAUGAUGCUUUCUUGAAAUGUUUUGAACUGGAAGCAAGCCCAGUAGAAGGUCAAUCACUGCAGCAAAAAGAUAAGAAAAGGAGAAAAAGGAAAGGCGAAGAAAAUUAAAAAAAUGAAAACCUUAAGACAUAGGUCACUUUCUCGAAAUUUGAUUUCUGGGCAUCCCAGAGCAAAGAUGUCAUAAAACUUGAUGCUAGUGGAAAGAAAGGCAUGCUGUCAUGAAGCAAAUGCCUUUUCGAGUAGUCUGAAGCUAAUUUGACCAAUAUCCAGCCUAAAAAUCUCCAAAACAUCCAAAAAAUGUGUUUUUGGCACUAAAAAUAAACAAAUCAAUAAUUGAUGUGGUAUUCUCUUUUUUAGGAGUGAGAACUUAGGGGACAUGGCAAAGGCUGGCAGUGUUCAUGAGUACUUGAUAGAGUUACAUGAGAAGUAUGGCGACAUAGCUGGAUUCUGGUGGGGAAAAGAGUUUGCUGUCAGUCUGUCAUCAGUUGAACAUUGGAAAGAAAUACAACCACUCUUUGACAAGCCAUGUAAGCUGAUGUUCAGUUAAGUUAUGUUACUAUAAAUAAUAGUGUAAGUAGAAAUUUAGCUCACAUAUAGCCACAGGGUUAAUGGAUAUUGAUUUGCUGUUCCUCUAGUUCUGGCACGAUUAUAUUGGUCAGCUGAAACAAUGUUUUGCUUUACCUUUGAUAGGUAUUUUAAAUUUAUUAAUGGUAAUAAUUGGUGUUGUUUGCCUUCAGAUGAGCAAUUUAAGUUUUUUGAGCCUCUGUUUGGAAAAAAGAGUCUGACAUACAAGAAUGGACCAGAAGCACGCAAGAAAAGGCAACUCGUUGAUCGCAGUUUUGGCCAUGAAGCAGUGACACACUAUUACGAUCACUUUACCAAGGUAUUGUUACUCUUGCAGUGUUCUGUUCCUAUAUUAUGGUGAAGGGAAGGUGCGGUGGCCUCAUGGUUAGUGUACUCCACUCUGGAGCGAGCGGUCCGGGUUCAAGCCCUGGCCUGGGACAUUGUGUUGUGUUCUUGGGCAAGACACUUUACUCUCAAGAUGCCUCUCUCCACCCAGGUGUAUAAAUGGGUACCGGCAAAUUUAAUGCUGGCGGGUAACCCUGCGAUGGACUAGCUCCUAGCCACUUCAUGCCACGGAAACCGGGAUAAGCUCCACCUGAUGGGCCACUUGGCUGGUAUGCAGACUUUGCCUUGGUGGAACUAGACAGUAUUCUUUGACACUAUCAGGCCACUAGGCACUUAUAUCUAGUUUCUGUAGCAUGAAGAAGUCGGAAAGUGGUUAUUAUUCCAUUUUAUAUAGGAUGGUUAACUCCAUCAUUAUCUUGCACCUCCGUCAUUUAAAUGACACCAGCACCCAGAGAUACACUUUGGUUGGUCAAAAUUUAUAAUGUUGCCAAAAUGGAUAAUGUUAUCCACUCUUUAAAGGUCAACGUGUUCAAACUUUUGACAAAAAGCUGGAAGUAAAUAUAUUGAAGUGUUAAGUAAGUAUGUAGACUGGUAAUGUAAAGAAAUGUAACCAAUCUCUGACAACCUAGCCAGGGAAGCUGUUCAGUGACAAGAUAAUUAAAAGUGAAUGUCUCCAAUAAAGAGACAUGCAAACAGGGCUGACUAACAAUUUGAUUUAUUUAGUGAAAUUAACAAUGGGGAACCAUAGAACCAUGGUUCUCUCAAUUCUCAGUAAGGUUUUCUGUCACAUUAUACCAGAGAGGCUGAAACAUGCCCCUAAUUACAAACUGGGUUAUGACCAGGCAGGGUUUAAGAAAGACAAUAAGUUUUGCACCAAUCAUAUUGCAUCCUUGAGGAUAAUCAUUAAGCGAUCUACAGAAUGGCAGUCACUCCGCUUUACGUGAACUUUAUUGCCUUCCAAAAAGCUUUUGACAGUGUUGUCAGGAAUGUCAUCUGGCAACUAAUGGGUCACUGUGGAGUUCACUUAAGUUUAUUAAGUUGAUUCAGGCCGCGUUUUAUGAUGCCUCAUCCUGUCAAGUCAUUCAGGAUGGGAAACUGUCAGAGCCAUUUGAGAUGAACACAGGGGUCCGUCAGGGCUGCUUGCUGUCACCAAUGAUCUUCAUAAUGGUUGUCGAGUGGAUUAUGAGAAAGACAGAGAGUCAGGGUAAAACAGGUAUACAAUGGAUAUUUACAACUCAGCUCUAUGACCUGGACUAUGCAGAUCGAUAAUAUAAUGAUGUCUCAGAAACUGCAACAUAUGCAAGCCAAGACUGGCCAUCUGCCUUGCAGAGAUAACCGGCUUCAGGAUCAGCAAAGAAGAGAAGAGGAGAAGAUAAAGCUGAAAGAUGUGGAACUUUAGGACGUUCACAGCUUUGUGUAUUUAGGGAGUAUCCAGGGCUCUACACAUACUUUUAACAUAACUUGCCACUAUGGAAAGUAUGCUUAAAAAAUUUACUCUGCACAGCAAAAAAUUUCGUUUCCAAAAUUGAAGGAAGCAUAUUUUUUACUUGCCAUAAUCACUAACAAACUCUGAGAGCCACUCUCUUCGAAAUCCAUAUCCAGUCUUCUUCCUUUUCUGUUCAAUUUUUCUCAGGCCCAUAUAGAGAACUGUAAUGAGUUAUAAUAAUUCAGAAAAAGACUAGCACUUUAAGUCGGAGGAUAAUUUGAUCAAAGGUGGCAACAAACGCCUUCCACACGUAUUAAAACAGUUAUACGUUUGUUGUAAUUUGUCAUGAAUUGGACAUAAUGGUUACCAUUGCCUGUUCUUGGUUUGUUUCUUCUUGACUCCUUGGCGAAACUUCAUCGCUAGUGCGUCAAAAAACCAAAACAGAAAAGGCUUAAUAUGUUGUUGAUCGACAGCAAUGAACGCAAAAAAACGCAUUCAAAAUGGCAAAUAACAUUUCAUUCCCGGUAUUGCUCAACUCCCCUACUGUAUCAUCUAUUUUGUGCCCAGUCGUUCUUUUUUUAUAUUUGCGUAUUUCUACAUGCAUUAAUUUUCUACCAGCCAAAAACUACUUUCCAGACCAGUUGUAGAAAACAACUUUCUUGAUCGGGCAAGUAUUUUUCGUCAAUUGACAUUUUUUACUUCCACUGAAUCUACUUUACUCUCUAGUGGUGAACAGGUAAGUGUCAGUGUCGAGCCCAUCACUUCAGAUGGAGUAGCGGAUGUAAUAUUUCAAAAACGAGUGUGAGUGUUUCAUCGGGGUUUCCAACACGAGAAAACUGGUGAAAGCACGAGGCCGCAGGCCAAGUGCUUUUAUUGUUUUUGAGUGUUUGAAACCCCGAUAAAACACGAAGCACGAGUUUUUGAAAUUACCUCUCCAACAAAAGAAAAUUAGUUUAAGCUAUCAUUUGAAUAAGUUUUUUCAAUUCAGCUAUUAUAUUUGAGACGUGAAAUAUGCAUGAACCUCAAAAAAAAGUGUAUGAUGUGCAUGGUCCUAUCACCUAAUUGCUGCGCUGUGACAAUUUUUGAAUAUUCAACAACUGAGGUCACGUUACCUAGCUGUUUGUCAUUUCCGAGCGAACACCUUGCUUCGCAAAGCAAAUGGCAGAGUGCAGAUUUAGACCUCCCAAAACUAGCGAAGAAGAGGAAAAGUGUGUGGCCAGCGCUAUUCCGAGGUAACGUUUGCAUUUAGUCUGAUAAAAUUUCUAACGUCAGUGCCAUUUUAGGUCGGAAGUGUGCAGCAUAGUUGAAAGUGAACCAAAACACGAGGUCGCUAUCAUUGAGCGAGAAUUCAAAUUUAGAAAAAGAAUGGCCUUUUCUGUUUUGGGUUCUUUAAGAACUGUUCCGUUACAUUCAACGUUAGCAGUAAAAAAAAAAUUUAGGUUUAAAGUUUGUUUCGUAAAAUGUGUGAUUAAAUAAAGUUGUUUAUUGCCACAUGUUUUUGUUGCUUUAUCAAUAUGCAGAUCAAGAAAAUUUGCAUCCGUGUUUGAAAUUGUUUCAAACACGGGUGUUCAAACAUGGCCUUGUUUUCAACUCGUUUUUCUUUGGGUUUCUGAACCCAUCCACCUGACCAGAAUAUGAGUGCUCUGGUUGGGUAAGAGCUGCAUGAAUAAUUAAUGAGUUUGAGAAAAAGAGGUAAAAAGCAGGAUAGGCAAAGCCAGGCAGGCCUUAAAUACCCUAAGACCAGUUUGGAACUUAACAUUAAUAUCCACAAAAACCAACUACGAAAUCUUUACUACCAGUGCGACAUCAGUUCUUCUACAGGAUUUUGAGAUCUGGAGAGUUACAAGAUCCAUAUCAAACAAGGUGCAAACCUUCACUAAUCAAUGUCUGAGAAAGAUCCUAAAGAUAAAGUCUGGCCAGAGAAAAUCACCAACGGGGAACCUUAGGCAAGUGCAGACUGAGAAAAAGUGUCUAUUUCCAGCAGAGAUCACCAGGUGCAAAUAGAAUUGGAUUGGCUACACAUUGCAGACAGGCCCUAGAAUGGAAUCCACAAGGUAAAUUUAAGGUAGGAAGACCAGUGAAAACCAGGAGGAGGUCAGUUGAAGAGGAACUCAGAGAAGCCAACAUCACCUGGAAUACAACGAAAAGAGAGGCCGCUGCUGCAGCAUUCCAACUGCCCUUUGUUUCACCAGGAACAUGAUGGCCUAGAGUUAACUUAUAAUGAACUGAUGCUGCUUCUUUGCUACAAAAACUGAAUUAAGUGAAGCGCUGGCAAGAACAAGCCACUGAGUUCUCACUACCUCUUGCUAUUACCUUUCCUUUUGCACCUGUUGCCCAUCGCUUACAGUCUUAGUUAGUCAAAGCCUUUUGCAUUAAUUGAAUUUUUUUUUUAGAUCGCAAAAGGGACAGCAGAGAAGUUUGUCACAUACUCUCAGACUCAGGAACAUAUUCCGUUAGGGAAAUACAUGCUAGCCAUGGCCAUCAAAGCCAUAUCUGUAGCAGGAAUGGGUCGCUUCUUUAUGGACAAGAAGGAAAUUGACAAAAUGGCAAUAGCAUAUGAAGAGGCAAGUAAGAGUUUUGUAACAUUUACUUCAGUCUCAAUUUCCAGCCAAUCUCCCAAAAUGGAUUUCCCCCUCUGUAGAUAUUCACUAUCAGCAUCUUAACUGCUGCUAUCAAUAGUGGAUCAUCAUCAUCAUGUUUAGGUUCCAAGUAAUUAAUUGCCCUGCUGGCUUUUCUCUCUUCUGCAUUUUAUUAACCCUAAAAUAAGGGGGCUCUCCGAACCCCUCCCCCAGAUGUGCCGCUGAUUUGUAGAACAUAUCACAGCAGCAAAGCCCUUUGUACAUCUUUGUGUUGUGUGUCUAGAACAACAUUUUAGCUUGCUUGCACUUGUUUAUUACAGUUAUUAAUUUCAUGAGGCAUAAAUGCCUGUCAUUUAAAGCUCAAUGUAUUGCACUGUCGUGAGAAAAAGUGAUAGUCAGUGCUUUUGAUUGUUAAGUCCACAAUGUAAUUCCAUUCUAUCAAAUUUAGUGUUGGAAUGAAAUGGAGGCUCGGCUUGCCGGUCCUUGUCCUGCUCCUGACAGUGAAAGGGAGAAAAAAUUUCAGACAGGUAAUACGUAAAUCAGUAGUUUGUAUAUGCUAUUGUGUAAAGUCUGCAUACGAGCCAAGUGGCCCAGUAGGCCAGCACUUAUCUGCAGUUUCCUUAGCAUGAAGCAACUUGGAGUAAUUCUAUUGUACUUCCCCCCUGGAUGAGAUGCUAGUCAAUUGCAGGGUUAAAGAAAACAGUAUUAAAUUUGCCAGGACCCAUUUAAACUCCUGGGUGGAGAGAGGCUCAUACUGUAAGAGUAAAGAGUCGUGCUUAAGAACACAAUGCAAUAUCCUGGCAGCCAGAGCUCAAACCUGAAUCGCUCAAUCCAGAGACGAACACACUUACCAUGAGGCCACUGCCGCUCAUAGUUAGUGGAAGAUCUAGAUAAUGUAUUAAAAUGAAUCUUACUCUGGGUUGGGCUGGAGAUACAAUGUAUUGGCCUAUCACGGUGCCUUUUCCACUCUGUGCUGGUAAACUUAAAAGCAAUCAUACGAAUUCUAGGGGCAGUGUUAAUACUGUGGUGACACAGCAUCCCUUCUAGAGGGAAUGGUAUUUUCCUAGUCAUUUCAUGCAACAGAAACUUGUUGAAGUAACUCCUUCAGUGUAACUUGCAUGAUCAUGCUUGCUUACCAUGGCAAUGGAAGAUGAAAAAAUGAGAGCCCUUCUAAUUUUUUUUGUGUUUGGUUCAAAACCAUUAGAGAAUAAGCUCAAAGUAACAUAUCAAGCUAGAAAGUAAGGACAUAGAGGAGGGUGUUUUUGGUCUUCAAACAUUUUUUUUAAAGUUUGGCCCAUAUUUUUUACCUAGAAAUCAAAUUUGUUUAGUGUAAAUAAUUCCACUAAGUAAUCAAUUGAUGACAUACUGUACCCACUCAGAUUCUAUUUGUUUUGUACGAAUGUAAAGCUAACUGUAUUAUUUCAAACUUCAUUCUUUCUCUCAUAUGCAGCAAAAACUUACAUGAAAGAUACGGUCAAGAACCUGCUGAAUAAGAGAAAGCAAGAAAAUAAUAAAGAGGAAAUGCUGUUCAUUGAUUCCAUUUUGGAUUGUGAUCUUAUGGAUGAAGAAGAGGUAGCUUGAUGGAGUUAAAUUUUCUGUUCCAAAAUGUACUUUGUUAAUGAAUAUCUUCCUUUGUCUUGGACUGAAAAAAAGUAAAUAGUGAAAAUUGAUGAAGUUAACCUAUAAUAGCUUGUAUUAACUUGGUGUGAUUUUACUCACAAGUGUUUUUCUGCAUAUGCUUGGGGCAAGCCAUGAGGAAAAUUUAACUUGAAAAAACAUACAAUUUGCGCACAAAAUAUUGACAGCUAAGCAGGUUAAACUUCAAAUUACAGUAACUGUUGUAAUAAUAAAAUAAAAUUAUUAUAGGUCACUACUUGUUGUAUAACCACAUUCAAUUUUUUGAGAGCAAGUUUUAGCUUAAUCAUUAAGUAAGCACAAGGUAUGUAUUUUUUCUUGCUCUUUGUAGAUGAGCGAUAAUGUGAUAACAUUCCUAGUUGGAGGCUUUCACACCACAGGGUUUAGUAAGUACUGUUUAAACAAUAAAACAGUAUCAAAAAUACCCUAUGAGGUGUAUUACACAAAGUCAAUUGGCUCAAAGGUACCUUGAAAAAGUGCAGUGAAUUCUAAAACAGUAUCAAAAAUGCCUUAUAAGGCGGUAAUUAGAGGGUCAAUUGGCACAAAGGCUUCUUCAAAAAUUAGCUGUGUAUUAUUUAAGGUUAACACACUCAUUGCUCGUGAAUUAUUGGUCUUUACCUGCACUCGUUCACUAAUAAUGAACUCAAAUUUUUCAAUACCGCACAAGGUCGUGUGUUAACAUUUUUAUUAUUCAAAUUGAAUACACUGCAAAAAACUCGUCUAAGUUCGAGUCAGCCAAAGCCAUGGUGUAAUGACAGACGGCUAUUACACCACAAUAAUGACAUCAAGGAGGUUGUUUCGUCACAACCCAGUAUCACAUGGUAAAAAUCAACCAAUCAGAAAAUCGGAAUUCCUACAGUGUAUGAAAGUUUAAUAAUUACAGGUUAACACACUCAGCGAGUGAAUUAUCGGGAUUUACCUGUACAAGUUCGCUAACAAUGAACAAAACAUUUCAAUACCGCACAAGGUGGCCUCGUGCGGUAUUGAAAAUUUUAAGUUCAUUGCCAGUGAAUGAGUGCAGGUAAAUCCUAAUAAUUCAUGAACAAUGAGUGUGUUGACAUUUUUAUUAUUCAAAUUGAAUUCACUGCAAACAAAAAUCGUCAAACUUUGAGUCAGCCGAAGCCAUGGUGUAAUGACAGUGGUGUAUUGAAUUUACACCACGGCUAUUACACCACGAUAAUGAUGUUAAGGAGGUUGUUUUGUGACAACCCAUUGUCACGGGGUACAAAUCAACCAGGCAAUCAGAAAAACAGAAUUCGUACAGUGUAUGAAAUUUGGAUAAUGAUAAUAAUUAUAAUUAAUUGCGGUAUCAAAAAUGGCUCAUAUGAUUGGUGUAUUAGAGACAAAUUUGGGACAAAGAGGCAGCUUAAAAAAGUGCAGUGUAUGUUGUGUAUUGUGCCUUUUCACUGCUCCAGCUUUAUGCCAAACAAAUCUGUUAGAUUAGAUCUGUUUAGUAGCAUAACAUGCAUGGGAACAUGGAAAGUUUCCUGUUGUUCUUCAUGUUCUUAAGAAGACGCAAAACCAGGCAAUUUCAACAAGCUAACUGUAGUGCACACACUAAAUCAUUAAAAGCAAUAUCCCACCCUUUCCAUGAACAAGCACAGAAAGCAUUUUUAAUGUGACUGUAUCAUGACAUGACCUUUUAGUGAUCUUUUUAUUUCAUUUUAUCAGUGAUGACCUGGUGUUUGUACUAUCUGACAAAACAUCCCGAGGUUGAAGAAAGAGUUUUUGCCGAACUGGACAAAGUAUUGGGAGAUGAAGACAUCAAACCACAAGUUGCCUCGGAACUGAAGUGAGUGCACUUUACACCAUCUAAGUUUCAAAGCUCAGUUUUUUGUUGAUGAGAAUUCCUAGUGGAGGUGGUGUGGCUGAGUAGUCAGGGCACUGGAUUUGAAAUCUGGAGAUUGCUUGUUCAAUAAUCCUCGUCUCUGCCACUUAAUGGGUUUGUGUUUUGUAAUCCCAAAUUCAACUCUACCUUGUCUUGUAAAUAGCCAACUGACCAGCUUAUCAAUUGGGAUUCUAAAAUACUUUGGUACUGGUAGUUAAAUAGAGUGAUCUAAAGUGAUCUAUCUCCUGACCUGUAGGGACUCCCAUUUGAAAAGGCUGGGAAUACUUGUCAUCUUCCCUAGGGAUGCAUAUCAAGGACAAACACCACUAUUUUUAGUAGUCAGUGUAUCUUUCAGAGUGAAAUAACAGUGAAAACCUGCUUUCAUAAAUUGAUAUUUUUAGCCUAGAUGUCUGCUGCUCUUUCGAGUUCAGUUUACUAAUGCUGGCUGCUACAUUUCUCUAAAAGUGGCUGGUUAUCUAGCCAAGUUGGUUGUAAGCGGUAUCUUUUAGGAGUCAAAUCAAACUCAAGCCAUGCCCAGAUUGGGGAUUAAUUCAAAUUUCUGAUGAGCAUCUGUGACCUUAAUUAUAUAGGUGUCCCCCUGGUUCUGAUGAACUGUUCACAACAUGAUCACGAAUGACCACAUGGUUUCCAUUCAUUUAGGUACACUCGUCAGGUGCUUGAUGAGACCAUGCGUGCCUCUGUACUGGCUCCUUGGGGUGUACGAAUCCAUGAGUUUGAUCUCCAAGUUGGAGAAUUUGUCAUUCCUAAAGAGGUAAUCAUAUGACAUAAUGAAAUAAACAUGUGUUUUACUCCCUGCUUAAUUCAUCCAAUGAGAGAAAAAUUUCUAUAAAUCCACCAAAAUAGAUGUACAGUUAUAUGGAUCUUUGUUGUGACUGGUUAUUGCCAGGCAAUAAUUUUUCAUGCAGAAGCUAAACAACCAAUCAGAGCAGAAUUGAGUACUAUGUCAUUGUUAGGAAAUUAGGGUCACGUCGCAGCUCUUACAAGGUCUCACCUGAUUGGAGACCACCCUUCAGGUUGACUAACAAAAGAACAAACGACAGAAACAAUGGACCCUAGCCCUAAAAGUAAAGGGCUGCAACCCUAUCCCCGCUUAUGAAAUUUAGAGCUUGUAGGAGCUCCCAGGCUACCCGGGGGAAAUUAAAGCAAUUGCCAAGUCACCAUACCACCUUGAUACUUUUGAAAAAGGAUACUGGACAGAAGACCUUUAAGACUAGUAAUGUGUGUCACGCAAUUCAGUAUGUUAUGUAAUCAUCAGAUCUCAGCCUUGUUACGUAAUCAUUGAGUUUAAGUUUUGAUUGACAGUUUUAUAUUUGCAGAGAGCUAACACGCGGUUAGAAUUGAAGCAGAUUUUAGCUUGAAGAAGGUGUUGUAAAGGGAAAUUUUCGCAUUAAACCGUUGCUGAAAUCAUGUGUUUUGUUUACCAUGUGUCAUGUUUAUCAGGGAGGUUGGGCCGAUUAGUGGAACCAGAGGCUGUUGUGAAUUGGAUCAAACGGGACAGUGAAGAGCAAACUUCCAAGCUACCUUGACGAGUACAACUGGCGGAAAUGCUACCCUGGUGAUCCGUUUGACAACUUGCUCGAAGCCAUCGCAGAGUUCUGCCCACCAAACUAAGUUUACUUAGUUUUACAAACAAACGGCUCCUUAAGGAGCCACCAAAUAAAAAGAAAGUUUUGAAUCAACAGAACCAACCAAUUAUCGCAUCACGCAUCUAAGUCUAAUUAUCGAAUUGUAACGUAUAGUAAUUUAUAACUUAACAUAACGAGUAAAAAGAUUCACAGUUGUAUCAUUUAUUAAACUUGAAAUUGGAAAUAGCAAUUCAUCCCAAACCUGCAAGAUAGAGAACGAUGUUAGCAACACAAACGCACAAGGUAAACAUCAUUGAUAUAUACAUGACAUGCUAUAAGAGGCCGCGUUGCAUUGUAGGGCGAUUUGAACGAAAGUGUUCGUAUAUUGAUACGCAGCUUAUGGUUUUCAGAGUUUUUGGCCGAGUUUUCGAUUAAAUUAUCUUCCAAUGCGAUUCUUAGAUUGUCUGGUGUGUUGUAAAUUACGCAAGUGAUAUAUCCUAUACGCAUCUGAUAAGAACAUUUUGGAAGAAACGUUUCUUUACAUACUUUCAACUUUGCCGUCGAGCGGUAAGUAGGUGAAGUCUGUCGAGUAUUAACUACAUCACCAUUACAGAAUGUUAUGUCAAAGUUAACUGCUCGUUGCUCGUUUUUUCUUAACCUGUCGGUAACCUGUUGGUUAGCUGUCGGUAGACUGUCGGUAACCUGUCGGUCAACUGUCGGCCGACAGUUGACCGACAGUCGGCCGACAGGUUUUUUGGGGAGCUCUUCUUCACAAUUACCAACCCUUAAGCAGUUCUGGGAGAUUGAGGGUUACGGGACUGAGCUAUGUGAUCGAAUUGUGUGCACUGAAGAAGAAAACGUGGCCUUAGAGAAAGUCAGCAGCUCUGUUCGCUACAACAAUGGAAGAUACAGUUUUGGCGUGCCAUGGAAAAAAACAGAGGCCUCAGCUACCCAACAAUCGGCAAAUGGCAGAAUCUCGUCUUCUCAGCACCGAGAGAAAUCUGGAGAAGAAAGAGUUUGUUGAGAAGGAGUAUCUGAAGACUAUUGAAACAUACAUGGAGAAAGGGUACCUUUGUAAAGUCCCAGAAACCGAAGCUCCACCCCCUGAAAUUUGGUACCUACCGCACUUUCCGAUUGUCAAGAUGAGCAAGUCCGCAACAAAAGUGAGGAUUGUCUUUGAUUGUUCUGCAAGGUGCAAUGGAGUCUCUUUAAAUGAUGUCAUUCAUGCUGGGCCAAAGCUUCAGAGAGAGUUGUUUGAUGUUCUAAUUCGUUUCCUCCGCAACCCAGUAGCCCUUGUGCGACAUCCAAGAGAUGUAUCUCCGGAUAGAAAUUGAAGCUGAAGACCGGCCAUUGUUCCGAAUUCUCUGGCGAGAUGGAGAAACAGACCGCGAUCCAGAUGUGUACAAGUUCAGCAGAGUUGUCUUUGGAAAAAACUCAGCCCCCAUGCAAGCCCAGUUUGUUGCGCAAGAGCAUGCUAGGCGUCACCAAACUGAAUAUCCAUUAGGUGCUGAAACGGUGCUUCAGUCUACUUAUAUGGAUGCUCAAUUCACUGGACAGUGUUGGGGAAGACGAGAAAGAGAUUGAACUCUAUCACCAACUUACCGGUAAGUCAUUGUGGGCGAAGGCAGGCAUGCAUGCUCGAAAGUGGGUAUCAAAUUCAGCCAAAGUAAUGACAGUCAUACCAGAAGAUGACCGAGCCACGGAAAUGAACAUAGGGACAAUAAAGAUGUAGUCACAACAACACGUGGCCUACAGUGGAACAGCACCAAAGAUGUAUUGGCAGUACCUGCAACACCGGCUCCAUUUGACUACCUGAUUGCUAAGAGGAAUGUCUUGAAGAAGAUUGGGACUGUCUUUGAUCCACUUGGUCUUGUAAGCCCUUUCAUCGUGCAAGCAAAGAUUAUGCUCCAAGAACUGUGGAGUCGAGGUUAUGAUUGGGACGAAGAAGUCCAGGAUGAAGUGGCUAAUCAUAUUCAGCUAUGGCUCUUACAGCUAUCGAGUCUGGCAAACAUCAGCAUUCGCCGUUAUCUGCAUGACCAGAAGCCAGUGAAAUCAAAGGAAGUGGUGACCCUUGUUGAUGCCUCACAACAGGCGUAUGGAGCUUUAUCAUACUUACGAUGCAGGUAUGAGGAUGGUACAGUAACCUCACGGCUAAUCAUCUCAAAGAGUAAAGUUGCUCUGCUCACCCCCAUCACCGUACCGAGGCUGGAGUUAAUGGCAGCCAUAGUAGGGUUCAGGUUAACCCAGUGCGUAUCCAGAACUCUAGGACUACCUAUAAAGGCUGCAACUUUCUAUUCAGACAGCACGGACGUGCUUUGGUGGAUUGGUGGGAAAGGAAGAGAUUUCCGGCCCUUUGUUGCAAAUUGCAUUGGAGAAAUACAACUUAGCACUGAACCAUCUCAGUGGCAUGUUUCCACCAAUGAGAACUCAGCAGACCUGUGUUCUAGAGGAACAAGCGCCGUUGAACUUGCAGGGUCCCAACUAUGGUGGAAUGGUGCUGAGUGGUUAAUGAAAGCAAGGAACGAAUGGCCAAAGAUGCAGCUAGCAGAAAGCCCAAAAGUCAUGCCAGAAAUGAAGUCAGUAAAGAAACAGGAAACCAAGAUUAUCACAUGUGUGGCAGUGCAGGCAAACCAACCUCCAACUGUGGUCAGGCCAAGUCAAGCUACUGGCUGGAGACUGAGCCCAACGUGCUUCUCAAACUGGAUCCGAUUAAUACAUAUACAUGCCGGAGUAAGAAGGGUUCUACACAAUAUGUCAAAGAUGGGAGAAAAACAGACCAGUGAGGCGUUGUCGCCCCAAGAGAUCAGGGAGGCUGAGGAAGAAGUGGUGCAAUUGUGUCGGCGAGAAGCCUUUUGUAAUGAGUACAAGGCUCUAGUGUCUAGGAAACCGAUGCCGUUGAAGAGUCCACUAAUCAAGUUGAACACGUCUUGGAUGAAGAAGGCUGCAUCCGUUCUAAUGGAAGACUUCGGUUUGCAAAAUACCUGCCAUAUGAUUUGCGUUUUGCAAAGAUAUUGCCUCGAGGACACUGGGUAACAAAACUCAUUGUCAAACACUACCAUGAACAGGCCAAUCAUCACCGCAGGGUACCAACUUUGUCCUGUCACAAGUCAGCGAAAAGUACUGGAUUGUUGCAGCCUGUGAAGAGAUCCUGGAGUGGGAGCGAGAAUGCAACAUGUGCAAACGAAGGAGGGGCAAAGCCACUACACAGAUCAUGGCUCCUAUUCCAGGGAUCCAUCUUAGAUUUACCUUUCCUCCCUUUGACCAAACAGCCGUAGAUUAUGCUAGGCCCUUUACCACUGUGCAAGGCCGAGGAGUGCACCGUCAAAAAAGAUGGCUGUGUCUAUUCACUUGGUUAUCAACUCGUGGGGUCCAUUUGGAAGUGGCAUUUGGUUUAGACAUGGACAGCUUUUUGGAUGCCUUUACACAUUUCACUAACAGAGGAGGGGUGCCAAAGGAGAUGGUCGGGGAUUGUGGAACCAAUUUUGUUGGAGCUGUCAAUGAAUUGAAAGAGCUUUUUAGUGAGUUGGACCAGGACAAGAUUCAGCAAAGUACAGCCCAUCGAGGUGUAAAAUGGAAUUUCAAUCCGCCUGGGGCACCUCACUUUGGUGGCAUCCAUGAAGCAAUGAUAAAAUCAGCUAAGAAGGCUAUCUAUGGAGUAAUUGGGACCAAUAUCGUAACCGAUGAGGAGUUAAUUACCCCAGUGGCAGGGGCUGAAAGUCUGCUCAAUUCGCGACCGCUUACCUACCAGUCAGCCAACCUGCAGGAUAUUGUACCGCUUACUCCAAGCCAUUUCUUGCAUGGUCAGCUGGGUGGCCAGUUCUCACCUGAACCCGUUUAUACCACAGACUUCUGCCCUUGCAAACGUUGGAGAAAGGUUCAGGAGAUAAUUUCUCAAGUGUAAAGGAGGUGGCUGCAGGAGUAUCUUCCGCUGCUAAGCAGAAGGUUGAAAUGGACGCAAGUGGUGAAAGAUCUAAAGGAGGAUGAUGUCGUGCUUGUUUUGGAUUCAAAACUGCCCGGAGGACAAUGGCCUCUAGGACGCACCAUUGAGACCUAUCCAGGUAGAGAUGGCUAUAUCAGAGUCGCCAAGAUCCAAUGUGGAGCAAAUACCGUUGUGGGACCGAUUCACACACUAGUGCCUUUACAGGAAAGCUAGGACAGAUGUAGUGAACCUUUUUUCCGCUGUUGUUCAUUUUUUCUCCUUUUCUAGAGUUACCUCCCAGUAUGGGGAGGGGGAAAUGGACAGAAUACCUUUUAGGACUAGUAAUACGUUUCACGCAAUUCAGUAUGUAAUGUAAUCAUCAGAUUUCAGCCUUGUUACGUAAUCAUCAAGUUAAAGUUUUGAUUGACAGUUUUAUAUUUGCAGAGAGCUAACACGCGGUUAGAAGUGAAGCAGAUUUUAGUUCGAAUGGAGAAGUCGUGUAACCGUCGUUGUAAAGGGAAACUUUCGCAUUAAACCGUUGCCAAAAUCGUGUGUUUUGUUUACCGAGUUUCAACGUAGCAACAGAUACUCUACUAAAAAUGUUAAAAAUUCUUUCAGCUGUAACAUCUCAUUAUUUCUUUAAACCUCUUUCUCAAAGCGAUGCUUGGUGCACAACCGUUCAUAUGAAAAUGAGAUUUCAUUCACUUGCAAAUUAAACUCAUUUUCAUAUGAAUGGUUUUGCACCAAGCCUCGCUUUGAUGGAGAGCCUUAGGUGAACUCCGAAAUGGGCUAUUUUUUCAUACCCAAAAUGUUUAAUGCUCUCUACUCAAACAUUUUUUCUCAUGAUAUCUACAAUACUAUCUGUGGAAAGACUACAGCCUUUCCUUCCCUAUCCCUUUGCCAAUUACCUAUGCCAAUUUCAUUAUAUUUUAUUUUUGAGACACCAAUACUUCUACCGUUUGGCAUUGUCCUGCAGGAUCCAAAUUUGUGGCCAGAACCUAAGAGGUAAACUAAAGGCCAUAACUCUGAAAACAAGCUUGGGAAAUUCAAAUAAACUUUUCAUCUCAUCCAGAAUGCACUUACACAUUAUUGGUUGAAUUCAAUUCCUGUUUUAGGUUUGAUCCUGAUCGUUUCAGCCCUGAGAACAUCAAACAGCUUCCAAGCCUUGCUUACCAGCCAUUUGGCUUUGCUGGGAAACGAAAGUGUCCUGCAUGGCGGUUCUCAAUUACUGAGAGACUGGUGUUUUUGUCCGUUCUCAUCAGACGAUUCAAGUUUCAUCUUGUAGAAGGGCAGGAAGUGAAACCUGUCCAUCAGCUGGUGACGUCACCAGCAGAGGAGAUCUGGGUCACAGUGACUGAGAGAUAA